AUGCGAGCAUUGUGGCCAGCAACGUUACAAACGUUUGAUAGCCUGGCCAAUGCACAGACUAGAUCCAGAGUUAUGGUCAUAUUGAAUAAUGGUGUAUAUAAAAAUAAUGUAAGUUCAAUGAAGGAGGAUGGUGUGGUAUGCGUGAACGCAGUGCCGUGUCUACACGAGAACGCUUCGUUAUCGAUGGCCAUUGAAGUGGCACUGAAUUCGGUGGAUAAUUACUGCAGCAAUAACUCGUUGCGCAUUGUGGGCGUUUAUUUCUCGAAUGAGGCUCUCUACGAUAACUGGUCUCGUUUUGAAUUUAUUCAUUACUUUUGCUAUAAGCACUCCAAGCCAGGGCAUCACUUGUUCUCUUUUGAGUGCCACUGA